CAUUGAACAGCCCUUCAAUCACUUCCAGGACACCUGCUAUACUGUACCAAGCGUUCCUUCACUACAAGAUAAAGAUCAAUCCCAACCCGUGACCAGCCAUCUACUCUUUGAGCAACCAUGGCCCCAACAGUCCACCACCUCCAAGUCUCCCAAUCCGAACGCAUAGUCUGGCUCCUCGAAGAACUCAGCGUCCCUUACACCCUCAAACUCCACCAGCGCUCACCCCUCCUAUCCCCUCCAGCCCUCGCAGCACUCACACCCGCCAAAUCCGCCCCCGUCCUCACCGACACCCAUCAAGGCCGGGAAUUCACCAUAUCUGAGUCCGGUGCCAUAGCAGAGUACAUCAUCACUAUCUACGGCGACAACCGUCUGACCCUGCCCGCCUCUGCCCCCAAUUACCCGGAAUACCUGUUCUGGCUACACUUCGCCAACGGCACGCUUCAACCAACACUGGGUCGCAAAAUGAUCGCCCGCCUAUCGAACCCUGGCUUGGACUCUCCGUAUCAACAUGCCGCCGACGCCGCGAUCGCUAAAUGUCUGGGUGCCGUGGAGGCCAGACUCUCUGAAACGAAAGCGUGGUUGGCCGGCGACGAGUUCACGGCCGCGGAUAUCAUGAGCGUAUGGUGUUUUACUACGAUGCGGAAUUUCGUGCCUGUUGAUUUGAGUCCGUAUCCGGCGCUGUUGGAGUACUUGCAGCGCGUGGGGAAGAGGGAAGUGUAUCGGAAGGCGAUGAGUAAGGGGGAUCCGGGGAUGGAUAUCGAUCGGGCGUUGAGUGCGGAGGGUCCUGAGAUGUUUCCGGCAUUGGCGGAUAUGGAGAGGCAGAUGGGCGUUGGGAAGGUCAAGGCAAAGGCUUAAGUCACAAGAUGGUACCCUCGGGAGAAGACGACUUACACGAAGUGUCUGGUGUGAAUGUGCUCAGCAAGUACAUAAUGAACUUUCCCUUUCGCUACGUGAGAAUGCUCGGUUCUAAAAACGCCCCUUACCAUGAUCUCGGAGGCAAGAAUGAGCCCCGGAAGGACAUUCAAACCUGGUC